AUGUUGCAAGCAAUUCUCCUUCUCCUUGUUGCUAUUCCGGUUACAAAUUCACAUACUCCCAUUCAAUUACCUGAUGCGCCGGACAAUGAUGUAGUACAGUAUUCUGGAUACCUGCAUGUUAGUGAUGAUCGUCAUGCUCAUUAUAUGCAAGUUUUUAUUGUAUUCACGGUGGCAGAAAGCGAUCCUAAUUCUAAACCAGUUGUGGUUUGGUUUGCUAGUUCACUGGGAUACUCGCUAUUGCACCAAUUUUUCUUUAUGUUUGGUCCUUAUAUAAUUAAUACUUCAAAUGGCUCAUUAGUAAGAAAUGAUAAUGCAUGGAGUAAGGUCACUAAUCUUCUUUUCAUCGAUUAUCCCGUUCACGCUGGAUUCUCGUAUGGCCGUGAAAGAAAUGAGACCAACGAUGUUUAUACUAUAAGAGACCUUACAUACGAGUUACUUAUACAAUUUUUCGAAGAGUUUCCAGAUUUUAAGGCGAAUGAUCUUUAUAUUGGCGGCUCUAGUGGAACUGCCCAAUAUGCACCACUUCUUGCAUUAAAAAUCAAAGAGAAUACAACAGAAAAUCAAAUCAAUCUACGAGGAUUAUUUAUUGGGAAUGCUUUGUUUAAUUUGGUAGAGAGCUUCAUUGACUUAAUAGUGCAGAUGCACAGCCUUGGCCUAGUCGACGAAAGGGAUUAUCAAAUUGCUCAAAGAGACUGUUGUAAUGGGACUUUCGAUGAAUGCAAUUUUAGUUCUGCUACUGAUGUUGAAUUCUGCGGUGAUUUCAUUUCUCAAAUCAUCUCUACUAGACGGGAAUCUGGUUUAAAUAUGUAUAAUUUAAUUGAAAAAUGUAAAAACGAUACUGAAAUCGUGAAUGUUACCAAGAACAACGAUUUUUCUGGAAGCAUUACAAGUUCGGCAUUUACUAUAAAUCAUUUUAUAGAGAAAUCCGAUCUCGAAUGCAUUGACGAAACUCCGUAUAGUUCUUAUUUAAACAGAGUAGAUGUUCGACAAGCUUUGAAUAUACCCGAUAAUGUUCGACCGUGGGAUAUGUACAGAAAAGUUCCAUACAAAAAUUUAAUGCUUGACGAUAUUUAUGAAGUGGUCGCCGAGGUUGUUGAUUCUAAUUUACGUAUAUUUUUAUUUGGUGGCGAUUUGUCUUUAACAGGACCUAUGCUUCACUCACAGCGAUUUGCAGCCAAACUUGGAUAUGAAAGAACAUCUAAAAUGACGCCGUUUUUCGUUGAAAGCGAUCGAGUAGCAGGUCAUCAUACCCAAUAUAAUCUAAUUGAAGUGGUAUCAAUAUUGACAUCUGGACAAUAUGGUUCGGGAAGAAAUGCCGAGACACUUUAUGCUUUACAGGCAUUUCUCAGCAAUGGAAAUUAA